AAUUGUUCGCCUGAAACGAAAGUACCACUACCAAGUGCCAUUCGUCCCCCACCGUUAUUUGUUUUCGGAGCGAUCUGUGCGAUUGCGAUGUAGUUUUGUCGACUUCACGCUGCGGUGUUGUUGCUCCUUUCCAAGCAUCCGGUAAAAAUAAUAUAAGUGUCUGUGGGGCUACUGUACGGACGGCCAGUGCAGAACUGUUCUGAUGUGUCAAUAAGUUUGAGGCUGGAAUGAGAAGGCCCUGGCGUUCCGACCGGAUUUCAGGGGUCAUCUUCAUCGCAUGAUACAGCCUGACUGACAGAUCCAUCCUCAUCUUUCAAAUACCGUAUUUCCAUAUUCUGUGGCUCUGGUCAGCAGCAGAAUGAAGGGUGGAGGUGGAGGGAAAGAGCCUCCGGGGGAGGGUGAGGUCAGCGGGAAGAGACCCAAACGCAAGUGUCUGCAGUGGCACCCGCUGCUGGCCAAGAAAGCUCCAGACUUCUCUGAGGAAGAGGAGGAGGAGGACGAAGAGGAGCUGGAGAAGGAGCCGGUGUUAUGUGCGGAGAGCAGUGUUCAGGAGGGAGAGUGUGGCGGGAUGGAGGAUGACAGUGAAGAAUACUCCUCUGAACAGCGGGCUCGGCGGCCCAUGAACGCCUUUCUGCUAUUCUGCAAACGCCAUCGCUCGCUGGUCCGUCAGGAACAUCCACGAUUAGACAACCGAGGAGCCACUAAAAUCCUGGCCGACUGGUGGGCCGUACUGGACCCCAAAGAAAAGCAGAAAUACACAGACAUGGCCAAGGAGUACAAGGAUGCAUUCAUGAAGGCUAACCCCGGAUACAAAUGGUGUCCCGCCACCAACAAGCCAGUAAAGAGUCCUUCUCAUUCCGUUAGUAAUUCCCGCAAGAAGGUCUGGUCUCUUCCCUCCAACCCAAACAAGGACCCAUCAGUUGCCAAAAAACAGCCCAAAACUGACAGCACACCUCAGCUCAACUUCGCCAUGGCUGAUCCCAAUAAAAUGGGUGGUCUAAGCAUGCUGCUGUUAGCUGGGGAACACGCACUGACCGCCAGAGAGAUUUCCUCCAGCUCUUCCCAGACUGGAUGCACAGAUGUUGCUAAGCACACUGGGAAAUCAGCCCUUUUCCAGCUGGCUGAGAUUUCUUCCAGUCCAGCACAGUCAGCUGGAGGAAGUAAGAACGCAGAGGACACAAGCUCACUUACACAUGUAGAGGCUUCUGGACCGUCUCAGCCAAGCUCACCAGACCUGCCCAAGAGUUGUGUUAAAUCACCCCUGUUUCAGCUGGCUGAGCAGAUCUCUUCCAGUAGGUCUCCGUCAGCAUCUGAAGGGAGACAGUGUGGCCAGUCGGCUCUUUUCCAGCUCGCUGAGAUGUGUUUGGCCUCUGAGGCUGAAAAGAUGGAAGCUCGAUCCUCUCAGCCGUCUGGCGGUUCUUCCUCUCUAUGUGCUCAGAGUAGCACAGAAAUCCCAGACCGCGAGGAGCAGAAAGAAGCUUCUGAGCUUCCUCUCACCACAUCUUCAUGCUCAUCCUCCUCUACCUCCGGCUCCACCUCUUCUACCCCUACUGAAACCAGCCCAUGUAAAACACCCAAGAAGAAGAAAAAGAAGAAAGAAAACAAGGAGUCGGACGAAAAUCCGGCUUCGCCCAAAAAGAUGAAGAAACGGCAGUCGCCCGAGUCGGACCUGGACAGCGUGACGUUCACCAUCGAAGCGGUAGUGAAAGGAGCUUGGGGUUCAGAAGAGACACCCAAGAAGAAAUCCCGUCCCUCAGAGAGCGAAAGCAGCCCGACUGCGGAACAGUCUCCGUCUGUGAAGAAGAAAACAAAACCCAAACCAAAAAAACAAUUGAAGUUAAAAGACGACGUCAUGGAAGAAGAGGAAGAAGAUGCAGACAAAAUUGCAAAUAAGCCUCAGGAUGUUGAGAUGAUUACCGAGGAAGCUCCCAUGACCCCUAAAACAGAGUGUGAGGAUGAAUUGGACGUAAAAGUGGAGCCCCCUAGUGGCAUGGAGGAUGCACUGUUGCAAUUCUCUCCCAUGGAGCCAACAGAAGUGGACGAGAAAGAAGACUCAGAUGCUAAACCACUUGAAAGCAGACAGGAUGAUAAAGACCCAGAGGUGAAGCAGGAGGUCUGUGGGUCCAGGAAGUCUGAGAGAAGCUGUAAAGGAGCUCUUUAUAAGACUCUGGUGUCUGAAGGGAUGCUCACAUCGCUGAGAGCAAAUGUAGACAGAGGGAAAAGAGGUUCCAUGAGAGGGAGUGUGUCGGAUCACGAGGGCAGCUGGAAUGACGAGAACUGGGGAUUUUCUCAAGCUGCUACCAGCAACCCGAAGAAACUCAAGAAGUCCAAGUCUAAAGAUGAAACCACCCCAGGACUAGGAAAGCUUGAGGAGGAGUUCGAGAAAAAGUUCAACAGCUUACCACAGUACAGCCCCCUGACAUUUGACAAAAAGAGUGUGGCAGUCACCAAGAAGAAAAAAAACAGUACGCCCAGCCCUCCUGAACCGCCCAAAACCUGCAAGGGUUCAUCCUCAUCUCAGAAAAAGACCUUAUUCCACAAGAUAGUGAACAAGUACAAACACAGGAAGGAGAAAUCCAGUGGCGCAGACAAAGAAGUCGCCAUGUUUGAGCCUGUGGCUACAGAAAGCAGUCCAGCGGUAAAGUCGAGCAGUCCAUGUGUGUCUCCUUCUCCCGAACCGCAGAAGGUUUUGGACAUACCUGUGGGCAGUCAGAAAAGGAAGGCCAGGAAGAAUAAAAUCACACAUUUGGUGCGCACGGCUGAUGGUCGUGUUUCACCUGCAGAGGCAGAAGACAAAUCUAAGGAUCAGACCAAGAAUCAAGAUGAAAAGCCAUUCACUCAAGAGACAUUAUGCAAUAGAGGGGUUUGCUGCACUGACCCGAGAUCAGCAGAAGCAGACUUGACGGAUGCGUCCGGCAGCCUCCCGGCCUUCUUCAGCUUAGCUGCUCUCGCUGAGGUUGCGGCCAUGGAGAAUGUGCACAGAGCCCAGCGUGCUGUGAGCAUCCCGACUGAAGCUCAAGUGAAGGACAUGGCUCCUGUGCUGAUUUCCUGUGCGGACCAGUGAAGCCUCAGCCAGGCUUGGACCGACCGGGCUCGUGUACAGACAUGCUGGGGCCUUAUUCUUGACCCUCUGCCCUCAACGCUGGGGGGAAAGAACGAACGAGAGCGAGCGAGACUGGAAAAGGGAUGAAGGAAGUUGUGAGACGGAUGAACAUGCUUUAUCCCAGAAGCCUUCACCCUAAAUCCAAUCCCCAUCCUCCCUCCCUCCCUCUCACCCCCUCAGGGCCCCUGGGGGAGCCAAAUCUGGUCCCUUAGCCUGUUUCCUCUGGUGGCUUUUGGACCAGUUAUCAGACUUAUUUUUGUUUGUUUGUUUUCAAUCUGCAAGAAAUGGCUACUAUUUAAGGUCAAGUUUUGCCUACAAAAGUGCAUUUGAAGCAAGUGCUCCCUCUUCGUCUUUCUCUUUUUAACCUUUCCGUUCCUGGCUAGCUUCAUUGCACAAACGUAGUCUCUCUUUUUUUUUCUUUUUUUUUUACUCAGCAGCGCACAUCUCUCAGUCAAAGGAACGUUUUGUGGCUUCCUGCCCCCUUUUUCCUGCUUGUGAUGAGAGAGAGAAUGAGCUGCUCAACCUCAGCCUCGUACCUCACAAACCUGUUCAGAUUCAUUUCUGCACAGAAGCACCACCUUCACCUUCAUAAUGCACAGUCAAUGCCUAGAUGCCUCUUUCUUUCAAGCAAUGACCCUCAGUGUCUCCGGUGCCUCUGUAGAUGGGAGUCAGUCAGAGGCAAACCACCUGUUUUCCUCUUGCAAACAGAAGCCAUGGUUUAGGGUGGGAAGUCGGAUUUUGUGCAAGAAGUGCUGUGGUCACAGGCAAACCUAUAUUAGAAGGGUCCAAAAUUAGCACUUGCUCUGCGUCAAAUAUUUAUCAAUUGUAUAUAUGUGUGUGUAUAUAUAUAUGUAUAUGUAUAUACACAUAUAUGUAUUAAUAUGUAUAUGUAUAAAUUAAUAUAAGCUAAUUGUUCAAAA